UUGCCGCCUUUCUGUCCAACCCGAAAGUUAGGAAAGGUCGGUUGGUUUACACUGGAGGACAAUGGUCCAAUUACCGCGGAAAAGGGACCUCUGAAUCCAGAUUGGCGUCCUCCCUACCUAUAAGAUAGGCUCAGGGGCGGUGAGAACCAGCCCCGGAUGUGGGCGCGGCACUGAGGUAGGACUGAGAGAUCCUAUACUGCAGUGUUUUGGGGAGGCGGAACUGAAUUUUUUUCUUAAUUAUCAUGUGACGGGUUCUGGAUUUAAUGGGGGGAAAAGUGCGGAAAAGGACAAGGAUCCAAACUGGCGAAUUUCCUGAUCUUCGCGUCCCUCUCCGCUCUCCGGCCGGCGGCGCUGCCAGGGUGUAUUUCCUUUUUUUCGAUCCUGCAACAGCCUCUUUAAACUGUUUAAAUGAGAAUGUCCUUGGCUCAGAGAGUACUACUCACCUGGCUUUUCACAUUACUCUUCUUGAUCAUGUUGGUGUUGAAACUGGAUGAGAAAGCACCUUGGAACUGGUUCCUCAUAUUUAUUCCAGUCUGGAUAUUUGAUACUAUCCUUCUUGUCAUGCUGAUUGUGAAAAUGGCUGGGCGGUGUAAGUCUGGCUUUGACCCUCGACAUGGAUCACACAAUAUUAAAAAAAAAGCCUGGUACCUCAUUGCAAUGUUACUUAAAUUAGCCUUCUGCCUCGCACUCUGUGCUAAACUGGAACAGUUUACUACCAUGAAUCUAUCCUAUGUCUUCAUUCCUUUAUGGGCCUUGCUGACUGGGGCUUUAACCGAACUCGGAUAUAACGUCUUUUUUGUGAGAGACUGACUUUUAAGUACAUCAUCUCAUUUCUAUUGCUGUUCAACAAGUUACCAUUAAAGUGUUCUGAAUCUUUCAAGCUUCAAGAAUACCAGAGAACUGAGGGAAAAUAACAAAUGUAGUUUUAUACUACUUCCAUAAAACAGGAUUGGUGAAUCACGGACUUCUAGUCAACCUACAGUGUAAUUAUUCAGUAUUUGAGUUAUUGAGAUCCUUAUUGUCUCUAUGUAAAUAAAGUUUGUUUUGGACUUCA